AUGGAUAGUCUUCGGAUUGACCUCCAUAGACAAAAAGACGAGCUUGACCAGUUCAUCAAGAUCCAGGCAGCUCAAAUGGCGAAAGGCGUGAGAGAUAUAAAACAGAGACAGAUUGCGUCUUUUCUCAACACAAUAGAGAAAGGAGUGAGCAAGAAGCUUCAAGAGAAGGAUAUCNAGAUCGAUAACAUGAACAGAAAGAAUAAGGAGCUCGUGGAGCGGAUAAAGCAAGUGGCAACUGAAGCUCAGAAUUGGCAUUACAGAGCAAAGUACAAUGAGUCUGUGGUUAAUGUCUUAAAGACAAAUCUCCAACAAGCAAUGUCACACAAGAACAACAAUAUGAUUGNUGCUGCAGAUCAAGGCAAAGAAGGGUUUGGAGAUAGUGAGAUAGAUGAUGCAGCUUCGUCGUACAUUGAUCCAAACAAGAACAAGAUGGGAAUCCAUAGGAUAAGAUGCAAAAUGUGCAACGCGAAGGAAGUAUCGGUGUUGCUUGUGCCGUGUAGGCACUUGAGUUUGUGUAAAGAAUGUGAUGUGUUCACUGGGAUCUGUCCUGUAUGCAAGUCUUUGAAAACUUCUAGCGUUCAGAUCUUCUUUUCCUGA